AUGGAAAGGGUCGACAGUUUGAAGGUUUUAAACGACGACCAAGAGAUACAUAAGAUGUCUUCCAAACUACCCAAAUGGGCUCUCACAAGAUGGGGCAGAAAGGUUUACGCUUGGAAGAACGAGAAGAAGAGAUUCCCCCCAUUUUCUGAGUUUGUGAAGUAUGUCGUGGUUGAAGCAGACAUUACGUGCGAUCCAAUUAACUUGAGCCAACGGAAGAUAGAGAUCUAUUCAAGGGGACCUCGAAGACAAAGGACUAUGGAAAUUUCAGAGGUACACCUCGAGAAUCAAACCGCGAUGAGUUUGCUAGAUCAUUGGCAACAAAGGUUAAUGAAGAAGAUGCGAGUAAGGGCAAGACCGAAGAAGUCCAAUGCGCAAUGUGUGGAAAGGCCCAUGAAUUGGAAUCCUGUAAGAACUAUAUGGAUAUGGAGGUCAAAGCGAGGAAAGAGUUUGCAAAAACGAAAGGACUCUGCUUUGGAUGCCUUGGAAAGGGACAUUUGUCGAGGGAUUGCAAGAGACGGAAAAAGUGCGACACAUGCAAAAGGGCUCAUCCAACAUCCCUGCAUGGAGACCUGAAGGGCGAAUCUAAAGAGACUGAACCCUCUCGAACGGAAAACCAAACGGAACAACGGGCAGCCUGUUGUACCAAAUCUGGCACUUCCAAAGAAGAAUGUGAUGGAAUAGUGAGUUCAAUGAUCAUUCCCGUGUGGUUGCAACAUGCAAAUCAUCCCGAAAAUGCCGUGCUCGUAUAG